AUGUCUGUACCAAAAGCGGUAACCCCGAGCUACACUCGGGCUUACCAUGCAGCGCUGCAUAGGGAGUCCCUGCAGCACUUACCUUGUCCUUCGCUCCCGCGAUGUGUCCCCUGCAGUGUCCCCGGCCAUCUCCUUCGGCUGAUGCCGGCAUCCGGCUCCUGUGCUCCGGUCCCUGUGACGUCGGGACGUACAGGCGCUGCCGGCGGCGGGAAAUUUUGAAAAUUUAAAAAAAGUCAUUUUUUUUCAAACAAUUUUACAUAUGCUUUGUCCUGUCUCCUGCCUGUCUGCAUUUUGACUGUUCUUUCUG